AUGUCAUUCGGCCAGGAUAAAGACGACGAUGCUUUUAAUAUCGUCAAUUCUUAUUUCAUUGGGCCAAAGGCUGCCAAUUUGCCCGAUUUCAGAGCGAACAUCAAUACAAUCCUUGAUGAGCUGCUCGAGACUAGAUUGAAUUACUACCCCCAGGACAAUGAACGGAAAUUCAUUACAAAGAAAGUCCGGAGAUCAGAAAAGUUCAUCAAGAUCAGAGACAACUUCAGUGAUGUGAUCAGAAAAGUUUCACAGCUUCUGGGGGAGCACUCUGUUCCUUUCUGGUCCCCACGGUAUGAGGCCCACAUGUGUACAGAUUUGACCGUACCCGGAUUGCUGGGAUACUUCAUGACCAUGUUGUACAAUCCAAACAACGUUGCUCUGGAGGCCAGUCCCCUGACCACUGUUGCCGAACUGAAGGCUGGACGACAACUUUGCAACCUGUUUGGAUACAACACUGAUGAGGGGAAAAAAGACGAGCCAUUGGCUUGGGGUCAUAUCACCUGUGAUGGUACAAUUGCCAAUCUGGAAUCCAUAUGGGUUGCGCGAAACCUGAAGUUCUACCCCUUGACCCUCAGAGAGGCCAUCAAGGAGGGAAAGCUGAAGUUUGUUGGCGAUACAUUCAAAGUCACCUUCUGGGACAAGGAAGACAAGGUUUUCAAAGAAGGGUUGCUCAGGGAUAUGGACACCUGGACGCUGCUCAAUCUGCGCCCCGAGACUGUUCUUGAUCUGCCAGAGAAGCUGAACAGAGAUUAUGGCAUUUCGAAUCAAUUCCUUGAGGGUGCUUUGAAGAAGUUUAACAUCCAGACAAUUGGUCGCGACCCCUUGGAAAAUGACCAUAUGCGAAAGAAUCCAACGCAAUACUUCCUGGCAAAGACUCGCCAUUACUCAUGGCCAAAGGGAUUGGCAAUUGCCGGCAUUGGCUCAGGGAAUAUUACUGAAAUCAAAGUCGACAACGACGCCCACAUUGACCUUGAGGAGCUUGAAGAUGAGCUGAAGGCCUGUGCCAAGGCGCAAGUCGCUGUAUACGCUGUCGUGGCCAUCAUUGGCUCCACUGAAGAAGGCGCUGUCGACCGGCUGUCUAAGAUUGUGGAAAUCAGAGAAAGACUGCAAAAGGAUCACGGCCUUUCUUUUCUAAUUCAUGCCGACGCCGCCUGGGGAGGCUACUUUGCCACCAUGUUGAACCGGACACCUGGUGAUAAGCCGGCAAAGAGCGAUGACGGCCAAGGUCCCAUCCCUGCAUUGUGCUUAAGAGACGAAACUGAAGAGGAUCUUUUGGCCCUUCAACACGCGGAUUCUAUUACAGUUGAUCCACACAAGGCCGGUUACAUCCCGUACCCAGCAGGAAGUUUGGUAUACCGGGAUGGACGCAUGAGGCACCUGGUGACAUGGUCCAGUCCCUACCUAUCCCAGGGAUCAGCGGAGAAUAUUGGUGUUUAUGGUGUGGAGGGAAGUAAACCUGGAGCUGCAGCUAUGUCAACCUGGCUCUCCAACCAGACUAUCGGCCUGAACCCAAGUGGUUACGGAACAUUGCUGGGUGAAGCGGCAUUUACCAGCGCUAGAUUAUCUGUGCGCUACGCCGUAGCGACCAGCACCAAGGAAGGAGUCAAAAAGAACUUCAUUUGUGUCCCUUUCAACAAACUGUCUUCUGAGAAACACCCAGAGGACUUCCUCAACUCCACAGCCGUCGAAAAUGAGAGACAAUGGAUUCGGGAUAAUAUCCUACGAAAGGAAAACAAGGACCUCAUCAAAGAUCGUCAAGCAAUGGCCAAGUUGCGCACCCUGGGUUCGGACCUUAACAUCAAUUGCUUCACGCUCAACUGGUAUGAUGAACACGGAAACAUCAACAAGGACAUUGAAGAGGCAAACUAUUUGAUGAAGAGGGUCGUCGACAGACUUUCCAUCACGAGUGCCAAUACCGAUCCAUCCAAUAUCCCGGUGUACUUGACAUCCACAAAGUUCGAACAGGAGCUGUACGGGGACUGCGCCAAGAACUACAUGAAGAGAAUGGGACUCGAGGAGAGCGAUGAGGACUUGUUCGUUAUUCGCAAUGUGGUUAUGAGUCCAUUCCCGACCCAGGACUACUUUAUCGGCCAUCUUAUGGACGCACUGGAGGAUAUUAUCGAGGAGGAAGUUGACACCAUCAGGAAACGUAACCAUCGUGGAAACCAUGUUGCCAAGUUCCUGAUGCAGGGCACUGACAACGUCUUCCUUGUCCUGCAAACCUCCUUCCACUGUGCAACCCUCCGACAGCAACUCAUCGUCUCUGGAGAGCUCGAUGAGGACUUCAAGAAGACUUACGUCAACUUCAAAAAUCAAAAUGCAGAAAAAUCCCUUAUCUUGGAGUCCACAGACCCGAUUGAUCUCCAUGAAAAGAUCGAUAAACUUCCCGAUCAGCCUCUUGAGUUCAAGGCAAAGAUCUGGAAGAAGGAGGAUUUAACCAGUAAGGAGGAUGAGAAUAAACCAGAACCUAUCGCCAAGGGAACCGUGAAGGUGACUCGGGUCGUCAAAAGCCGGCCACUGAACUCAGAACACAGAGAGAAGAACUACCCUGAAGACUUCACGCCCUUCUAUCUCUACGGUACCCCAGAGCAGCAGCACAUUUCCCACAUGCUUCUUCGAGCCCCCAACAUCGCUCUCUGUGCCGGCAGGGUUACACUCACUCGCCAAGUCGACGGUAAAGAUGUCAAGCUCGACAGUAAUGUCCUCUCGCAAGUCCCCAACGGCCUGAUCCUUACCUUGCAAAACUGCCCAGAAGCCGCAAUGCAGCCCUUCCCAGAGAAGAACAAGGAUCUGCCAUCCCGGUUCUUUUUCAAAAAGGACCACAAGUUUCCAGUCAAAAUUUGGGAAGACCCCAGGCCGAACAGCAGCAAGGGACCGGGACUGCUGGAGGGUUUGAAAGAACUGUGCGAAGCUACAAUGGUUCUGAACAAGGAUGUCGACGUUGAUGCAGAAUGGCCAAAUAAUGAUUCACACAAAUAUAAAAAGCCUGAUUGUGACCAUUGGCAGAAGGAGUUGGAAAAUAUUGACAGUGUUCUUAACAGUCGGCACAAGGAUAUUAACAAUACUAAGUAG